UGUGUAUGAUCCAUACUUUUCAUCAUCCUGCUUGUUGAGAUAUAAAAAUGUCAUGAUUCAUAUUUAAUAUGUACGUAGUGAUGGUCUGUCAGUAAUUGAUUUUUUAAAAAAAUUUGAAGGUGUAAAUAUUGUCCAGAUAAACUAAUCUGAUCUAAUACCAGGAUGUUUCUUAUUUAUGUAUGUUACCUCUUGGAUCAACUCACCACCGGCUAUAUAGUUUGUUCUUGAAGCUUCUUUAUACGAAUUGUAUGUGUUUUUUGACGAAGUUAAUUUGAUCCUUAAAAUAUUACAAAACCUCCCUCUUUUAUCAAUCAGAUUCGCCAUGGAUACCCAAAAUCAAAACCAGAAGCUUCACUUUGUCUUGUUCCCCUUCAUGGCUCAAGGCCACAUGAUCCCCAUGAUUGACCUGGCUAGACUCUUGGCUCAACUGGGUGCGAAUAUCACCAUCAUUACAACCCCUCUAAAUGCUACAAGAUUCGAACCAGUCAUCUCCCGAGCUCUACAAUCUCGUCUUAAAAUCAAUCUGGUCCAGCUCCCGUUUCCAUGCGCAGAGGCAGGACUACCAGAAGGCCUCGAGAACUUGGACAUGUUGGAGUCGAAUAACUUAUUUCCGAAUUUGUUCAGAGCAAUUGCUUUGCUGGAAGAACCCGUUCAUGAAUUGUUCGAGAAGCUAACACCGCCGCCUUGCUGCAUCAUAUCUGAUUUCCUGAUUGGAUAUACCAGCGAUAUUGCCGACAAGUUCAGAGUACCAAGAAUUGUGUUUCGUCCAGUGAGUUGCUUUUUUCUGAUGUGUAUGCACGAUUUCCUCGUCAGCAAAAUCCAUGAAACCGUGAAAUCUGAGUCGGAGUAUUUUGUUCUGACAAACUUGCCUGAUAAAGUGGAACUUACUAAAGCUCAGUUACCAUUCUUCAAGGACGAGGACUUCAUGGAGACGAUGAAGAAAAUAGGAGCAAAAGCAGCUGCAGCAUAUGGGGAGAUUAUAAAUACUUUUGAAGAGCUAGAACCGGAGUAUACCAGAGAAUACAGAAAGGCACGAGGGGAAAAAAUCUGGUGUGUUGGGCCUCUUUCGCUCUGUAACAAUAAUGAAUUGGACAAGGCAGAAAGAGGGAAGAAAAGUACAGUCGACCCACACCAAUGGUUGACAUGGCUUGACGCUCAGGAACCAAGUUCUGUAAUCUACGUUUGUCUAGGAAGCCUAAGUACUCUACCGCCUGAACAGAUAAUGGAACUGGGACUGGGUUUAGAGGCAUCGAACAAGCCGUUCAUUUGGGUCAUAAGAGAUUGGAAUGGAUUAGAAGAAGUAGAGAAAUUGAUUUCAGAAAAUGGUUUCGAGGAGAGAAUCAAAGGACGAGGUGUUUUGAUAAAGGGCUGGGCUCCACAAGUAGUGAUUUUGUCGCAUUCCGCCAUUGCAGGAUUCUUAACUCACUGUGGAUGGAAUUCCACCAUUGAAGGUAUCAGUGCUGGCGUGCCGCUGAUCACCUGGCCACUUUCCUCCGACCAGUUUUGCAAUAGCAAACUGGCCGUGCAAGUUCUGAAAAUUGGGAUAUGGGUUGGAGCAGAGAAAGCUCUGGUAAUUGGAGAAGAAGAGAAAUAUGGGGUGUGUGUAAAGAAGGAAGUGAUUAAAGAUGUGAUAGAGAAAGUGAUAGAUAGAGGUGAGGAAGGAGAUGGAAGAAGACAACGAGCAAAGAAGCUUGCAGAAAUGGCGAAGAGAAGUGUUGAAGAAGGAGGAUCUUCUCACCUUAACAUCAUUAUGUUUAUUCAAGAUAUUAUGCAGCAGCAAGCAAGUUGACGAUGAAAAAUUAAUACUAACAUAAUUUUGAAUAAUUUAUUCAGCAUCACUUAUCCAUUCUUGAACAAAGAGUUGGAAUGCUUGUUUAAGUCUUUUGGCCCUUCCUCGUAAUAGGCUCGCUAGGCAUCAUAAUGCUCUUCCCAAAGAUCCAAAUCCAAUCAAAUUACUUUGAUCUUGUCUUAAAGUUUCUUCAAUAGUCCAAACUAUCCGUGCUCACAUCACAAUGCUUGAACUGGAUUGACUCUCAGGUGCCAAGCUCUGUAGUGUAUGUUUGUCUUAGAAGCCUCAGUAAUGCACCAGCUGCACAAUUAAUUGAGCAGGGGAAUAAGGUUAGAGGAAUCAAACAGGCCAUUCAUUUGGGUCAUACGAGUCUUGAAUGGAAUUGAUGAAAUCGAGAAAUGGGUUUCAGAGGAUGGAUUCGGAGAGAGGAUCAAGUAAAGUGUUGAGCUCCAUAAGUACUGAUAUUGCCACACCCGGCCAUUGCAACAUUCUUAAUGCAGUGUGGUUGAAAUUCAAUCAUAAAAUUAAACUUUCAAAUCAGGAAGAUUCUUGUUGCAUUUUAUGUUUGGUUAACAUAGUGAUGUUAAAGUGAGAAGAUACUCUGUCUUCAACAGCUUUCUCUGUCAAUUUUUGCAAGUUCUCAAGCUCAGUUCUCUUCUUCCUCCUUCUGCACCUUUUAUCCAAUCACAUUGUUGACAGCCUUUUUGAUAUCCAAUACUUGUGCGUUAAAAAUUCUGCAAUUACAGAGUGAGACAAUAUCCAGUAGUUGUGGAGAUCUACCCUUUUACCAAAAAAUACGUCUCCGUUCAAACCUCUCCUCAAACCCAGCCUCUAAAAUCCAUUUCUCCGCUUCAUCUAAUCUAUUCUAGCCCCAGUUCUUCAAAAGUAUUUAUAGUCGCUCUUCUUUAACUCUUAAAAAUAUUAUCUGGGUUUUUUCUUUAGUUCAACUUUCUCAGUCAGGUUUGUUAAAAGAAAGUACCCUUGAAUCCAAUUUCACUGUGUCGAAUCUUCGAGGCAAGUAAAUGAAGCAGUGGGUAAAAAUGGACACCGAAGCCAGCCUGCACAUCGCUGUCAUGGAUCAGUUAAAAUCUGGCUGCAUUAACAGGUCUUAUGAUAAUGGCGUCGGCCACAUCCAAAUAUCCCGUGGGAUCAUGUGGUCUUGAGCCAUGAACAGAAACAAGACAAAUUGAAAUUUUCUUUUUAUCAUCUUGGGAAUCCAAGAGUUUGAAUGGAUGAAAAAGCACACAGCUUUUUGGAAAACAAAUUGAUUCUCAACAUAUGGUAUAUAUAGAAUUCAAUUAUUUUGACGCAGUAUGGCCACAAACCCA